AUGGCAAUGAUGGUUACCAGGUCUCAAACCUCUAGAGUACCGCCGAUCAAUGAAAAUAACCCUCCCCCUAAAAAAGGCGCAGAGAAUAAUUUGUCUUUGAUCAAAGGUCCGGAAGCGAAUCCUCGUGUAGAUAAAGAGCUUUUAUUCGAACUCCAAGAACAUUCUUUUGAUGAAGAAACUCAAGACAACACUUGGAAUGAUGCUAGCAUGACAGAGAUGAUACAAUAUGUUAAUGCUACUCGCAACACCUUUGAUCAGUAUAGGAAGUAUGUUGCUAAAGGGAAAGCGCCUUUGGAAAAUGCUUCAAACCAUAAAGGCGAUACUGAUCGAACUUCGCACAAGGCUGAUGCCCAACAGCGCCAUGUUCGCAAUAGGAAAAGAGCAAAUCCUCAAGUGCAAGAGCAAGAAACACUACUGCGGUUGAAAGAAGAUAACAGUGACGAUGAUGAUGAAGAUGACAUGUCGUCAAUCUUCAUUCCAAAAAUCAGGGAUUUUCCCUACCCUCCUGAUUUCAAGAUGCCUUCUGGGUUAUCUUUCUAUGAUGGAGAUUCAGAUCCAUGCGAUCAUCAUACUGGAGCUCUCUACACCAAAUUGGCUCGUCACCCUCCGAAAAUGGUCCAGGACUUGAUGAAAAUUGUAGAGAGAUGGACCAAAAGAGAAGAAUCAGCAUGGAAAAAAUUGGAAGCCGAGAAAGACAAAAGACAAGCAGAUGAGCAUAAAUCAAAGGCAAUGUUCAAGCCUGGAAAAGUCUUGAAGGGCAAAAGUGAUGAAAGAAAUGCCCGAUGGACCCCUUUGAAUAAGUCUCGAACUGAGAUUUUGGCUAUACACAAAUAA